AGGCUCUUCACCUUGGAGGAGGUGGCUGUGCAUUUCACCGAGGACGAAUGGGUGCUGCUGGAUCCUGACCAGAAAGCUCUGCACAGAGAAGUCAUGGAGGAGAUUGAUGGGAUUUUGGCCUCUCUUGAACUGGAGAGCAGGUUCUGCAAGAAGAAAAGGCUGAGGGAUGUGCCAGGGCGGUUGACGAAGGCUGCGGAGGGAACAGCCUGGCAACGGCAAGAAGAUUUUCACCAUGCACAGCGUAUGAUCCACAACAGCGUUGGAGGGCUGCGUGCUGUUCCUGGGUUCUCCCCUCUGUCUCCACCAUCUAGGCUGGCUUUGCGGCAGACAAAGAGAAAGAGAAUCCCCCGCACAGAACGUGCGGUGGAGAAAAUUAUCACGCAUUCAGAGAAGAAUCGGCAGGAACUUCUCCGCGAGUUGGAUGCAGAACAUCAGUGUACCACAGCAUUCAUCCAAGAGCUGCGGGAGGAUGCCCAAGGCCGUCUGGAAAUGCGCCAGCAGAUUGCUGCAUUGUGCGAGGCAACUCAGAACUUCAUGAGAGUUUUGGACCGGGCGCUGAAUGGCCUGGCUGAUGAAUUGCAAUGCACCCUCCCUUGCUCUGCAACAGCCUCCCUCUGCAGCCUGCUGGUGUCAGUGAGUGGUGUAGUGGUGAAGGGACUCAGUGCCAUCUGCGCCAUCGCUAACGCAAACGAGGAGGAAGCUGAUCUAAUAGCGGACAUCACGGCGUGGCGUUUGGCCAGCCGAGCAAGGACCUCGCAGAGGAUCCGCGCCCUACUCCUUCGAGGAGAUAUUGAGAGUAGACUCCUUUUCAGUGCACUGUGGGAGAUGGUCCCACGACAGCGCCGAUGGUGGGUUUAUCCCUCCCGUACUCGGUGGUGGACUGAGUUGGAACUGACUGUUUGGGAUGACGAGCAGUGGAUUGCUAAUUUUCGGAUGACGCGGGGCACCCUUUUUGAGAUUGCCGACCGGCUGCGGCCACAGCUGCAGAGGCAAAACACGUCGCUACGCCAGGCGGUUCCAGUGGAGGAGAGGGUGGGGAUCACCGUCUGGUGGCUCGCAACACAGGCGUCCUACAGGGAGGUCGCUCACCGGUUUGGCUUAGGAAGAACCACAGUGGGGAGUAUUGUGGUAGAGGUUUGCCUUGCGAUCGAACACGUUCUCUUGAAGAGCGAGGUCUGCCUUGGAGAUCAUCAAAAGAUCAUGGAUGGCUUCCAAGGCAUGGGUUUCCCCCACUGUGUCGGAGCGGUUGACGGAUGCUAUAUCGCCAUAGGUCCACCAUUCACCCAGCGAGAGGAGGACUUCAGAAAAAGCUGCUCCUCAAUGCUGCUCCAAGGCGCAGUGGACCACACAGGGCGUUUCAUCAACAUCGAAGUGGGCUACAGCGGAAACCACCCCAACACCUUCGCCUUCGAGAACUCCGCUCUCUGCAGUGCGAUGGACGCUGGUCAGUUUGUGCCUGGGAACCCCACAGUCACCUCCAGGGGCAUCACUAUCCCCCCGGUCAUCCUUGGGGGCAACGCCUACCCUCCCCGGCGGUGGCUGAUGAAACCAUUCGCGGGGGCCCCGGGCCCCAGAGAAGCGGCCUACAACCAUGUAUUUAACCAGUGCCGGAAGGUGGUCGAGGGGGCUUUUGGGCGACUUAGAGCACGAUGGCGCUGCCUGAGUGGAAGACUGCCGGUGGCUGAGGAGAAUGUGGUGUGUGUAAUUGCCUCGUGCGCCGUGCUGCACAACAUCUGUGAGAGCAAGGGACAUGGCAUGACUCUGAGUACAGAGACUGUGGCCCCCACAGGACUGUUCUCACAGAUUAGCCCCCCCAGUCAGCAACAGGGGGCAGAGGACGGGGCGGUGCAGGCGGCCCUCGUGGACCUCGUGUGGGCAUGCCAGUAAUGCGUGGAAGCGUUCUGCCUCUCGCAGCGUUUGCACAACGUUGGGAAAGCAAAGCAGAGACAAUUGCACUCAAGUCUCUCAAGCCUGUACUGUGGCUGUGGUCAGAAGAAUUCCUGUUCCAAACCACCGUGUGCAUGUAAGAAAUGGCUCUGAAUGUCGAGACGGAACGUUGUGGGGAGAGCGGGUGGGUUUACGUGCUCUCGGGGUUGUACUGCAUUGUGAUGGAUUUGAUGCCCUGGCCCCAAAAUGGGGAGGUUCAGAGUCCCCCCCACCAGUGCUCAAUGCGGACUAGGCCACGGACCUCCUAGGGCCCAGAGACAAACCUGUGAGGGUGGGAUGGGGUUGCUCCCAGGUGGGACAGGACUGGGAAGAGCCGGUGUGGUGAAGCGGUUAAGGGGCAGGACAAAGUAAAAUAAAAUUCAACAAUGAACUACAACCACUGUCCACACAGGACAUUUUUAAGAGUGAUGGAACCCCUAUGGUGGAGUGUAGAAGGUGCUGGACUAGAAAGCGGGAGGCCGUGAAUUCGAGUCCACCCUUAGGCAGGGUAGCCAACUGAUGACUGAGCCAGCCGCUCGCUCUCAGCCCAGCCCACCUCACAGGGUUGUUGUGGUGGGGGAAAUAGGGAGAUGGGAGUAUUAUGUACA